UGGCUGUCUUAUCCCUCAGCGGAUUGGUCACUUUUUCUCUGAUGGACCUCCAGGUUGCAUUCUCUUUCCUUUGGUGUUUUUUCUCUAUGGUGACAUUACUGAUCCCGUCAAUGUGGUUUUCCUGUCUCUCUUCAUGGCUCAUUACUUUCAUCGAGGGUUCAUACAUCCCUGUAUCAUGAAGUACAGCAAGGCUAAAGUUCCUCUGUGGAUCACUGUUGCAGGAAUAGUUCCAAACUCAAUUUUCAGUUUUGUGAAUGCUGACUGGGCGGGAUCAGCAAAAUAUAGUGACAACUAUUACUACGAUCCAAGGUUUAUUAUUGGUGUGGCACUGUAUGUGAUUGGAUUCAUCAUCAACAGAUGGGCAGACUGGAAACUAAGGAGUCUAAGAUCAUCGGGUGGUGGAGGGUACUACAUCCCCCGUGGAGGUCUCUUUGAGCUGGUGUCCUGCCCAAACUACCUGGGGGAGCUGAUCGAGUGGUUCGGCUGGGCUCUGGCUAACUGGUCAGCAGCUGGACUGGUGUGGUGGCUCUUUGGCUGCUCAACAUUCAUACCUCGGUCAAGAGACAAUCAUCAAUGGUACAAGAACAAAUUCAAGGAAUACCCGACCAACAGAAAAGCAUUGAUUCCUUUUAUCUACUAGCAGCAUAUACCGGUUUUGAAUUUGAAGUUUGCGAUAUUGCUUCAGAGACCUUGAGAGAAACCUGGACCCGUUUCACAAAGCCUUUUUUCAAUGACAAAUGACAAAAAUCAGUGAUAAAUCUGCUGAUUACCAAUCAGAAGCAAGGAUUUCAGUAGCUUAUAACAACAAAAAAUAAAUAUUUGUCACUAAUGACAAGUUUUGUGAAAUGGGACCCUGGAGUCAUCACUACACAGAUAGCCCUCUUGUAUCAGUAUAUCAAUCAUGAGUAAACUGUUUACGCGUAUUUGAGAAAUGCGCCAGUUUUACACUGGAAUGUGCCUCGACUAGAAGUAGACAAUUGUGUACUUAACUACUUAAUUAUUUAUAGUAUAGUAGCGAUUACAUGAACCACUACCAAAGAUAUAAGGCCAUUUAAACAAAAUAUACAUGUUUAGCGUCCCCGCCCGCUUCCUUUUUGGGGGCC